AUGCGACCUCAUCUGUUCUUUUGGUGUCCGAGUCAAGUCUACAGCAUCCCGCCUUUCUUUAAGAGCACGAUAGUACUCAACAUGAGCGUCACCCAACUCAUCGAAAAGCACUUCCAGACCCUCAGGGCCGACCCCCAAGCAUGGCGUGCUCUAUGGGCCCCCGACGCCGUUCUGGAAAUGCCCUACGCAGCGCCUCCUCACCCGACCCGAAUGGAGGGAAUCGAUGCCGUCGCCGCCACUGCGUCCUUCUUUGCUAACAGCAUGGGAGACGACUUUAACGUGCAGAUCAAAAAGGUGUACCCCGUUGAGGGUGACGAUGCCGCGUUUGUCGAGUACGUCAUGGCCGGGACGGUGACGACGACGGGGAAGCUCUAUAAGCAGGACUACAUCUCGUAUGUCCGCGCGGAGAAUGGCAAAUUUGUCUUGUUUCGGGAGUAUUUUGACACGGCGCGAGUAGCCGCUGCUUUUACACCUAGUUGAACUGCUCGAUGAAUGGUACGAUUCCAAUGCUGGCGGGUUUCUCCGUGCUUCGACGAUGUAUUGCAUUAGGAAUCUAUUGAGAUGUGAAUAUUUACGACAAGAAUGAAACACAAGUUUAGUCUGGGUAGCAUGUAUGCGCUGAAUGG